AUGUUUGCGCGCAUGCGCUCGAUGCCCUAUCUUCAGUCGCUGGAAGCCCGGGUACAAGAGCAAAAUCUUCAAGAACAGAGUCUUCAGCCACAGCAGCCGGCCAUGACGCCGCCGCGGUCAACCAUUCCGUCGGAACAGCUCAGCGGUAUCGACCCGGCGAUUCUGAGCCCAACAGAGCGCUCAUCACACACCCAGGGCCAUUCAGAUACGGCUGGGAGCAGCACUCAGGUCCCCUGCCAAGUUGACCCUGCAUUGAACUCCCCCGAGUUCAAUCGCAACCCGCUUGUCGACAACGGAGAAGUAUUUGCCCGUGAUCCUCACGGCAAAUUCUGGUAUAUGGGACCAACGUCGUCUUGGGCCUUUUGCAGGCGUGUCCUCGCCAUCAUCGGGAGCUGCAUGCCCAAGCCGGAACCUCCAGUUUACCCCUGGGACCUCGAGACCAUCAAUCUGACCUGGAGUCCUGUCGGGUUGUAUGAUCAGCCAGACGUUUCGGGGCUCCCAUCAUGCGAGUAUGCGCUCUAUCUAUUGUCCACGGUUCAGUACCAUCUCGGAUCGCUCUACGAAAUCAUCGACCAUGAGUCCUUCCGUGAGCAGGUCGAGCGCUUCUACAAAGAUCCUGCAGGAGAGGCUUAUCGGUCGAGGUUCUGGUAUUCACAGUUUUUGCUAGUGCUGGCAUUUGGUGAAGCCUUUUUGAACACUGGCUCAAACAAGGGCGUUCCGGGCAUCAAAUAUGCUUCACGAGGGUUAUCAUUGAUACCAAGUCUCAUUCCGCUAGACAAGGACAAGGAAUCGUUGGCGGUGGUACAAGCUCAUUGUCUAGCGGCUUUGUACCUCCAAGCGGUUGACUUGCGACUGAUGGCAUUUCAGGUUAUUGGGCAAGGAUUGCGUCUCGCAAUCAUUGAAGGAUGGCAUAGACACAUGCCACCAGAAGAUGUUGGCGAGCAGCACUCGAAACGCUGCAACACGAUUUUUUGGAUCUCGUACAUCAUUGAUCGAGAAUACGGCCCUUUGGUCGGAGCCCCGAGUUCCAUCAGAGAUGAAGACAUCACAACAAAGCUGCCCUCCGAUAUCGGCGGUUCUCUAAGGGCCGAUGCCCUCACGCUGCAGAUUCGCAUGUCUCGUCUAACAGCGACAAUACUGAACGGCGUUUAUGGAGUUGACAGAAACUUUGACGGGACUCUACUCAAUGAUACGCAAUCGGUGCUACACAGUCUUGCGGACGUUUCGAGAGAUAUCACCGCGUUUCUCGAGACGAGGCUUCAGAAAACAAACAUUCGCUCUUCAAAGAUCGCCACAAGGUUGAUUCUUUCGUAUCAUCACUGUGUUGUUUUAACAACUCGACCUUUGGUCAUGUGUGUCUUGCAAAGACGAUUGACUGGGAGUGAUGGAGACCGAACCAUACCUGAUGGUCCCAUCAGUUCGUUGCUGCAGUCGUGUGUUCAUUCAGCCUUGAACAUUCUAAAGACGUUACGAGCACUCGGAGAUGAAAAUCUUCUAGACUCCUUUCUGCCGUUUCAAAUGGAGACGGUCUUCUCAUCAGCCUUUCUCCUCUACGUUAUCGACGCAGUAUCACCCGGUUUCGUGCCAGACCAAACCUGGCUUGCAACUGCACACGGAAUAUUCGACACAAUGAUUGCAAAAGGCAGUCCAGCAACACCACUUCGAAAACGAGAGCUACAACGCUUGGAGCAGAUCAUGACAUCGUACCUUGACUCCGGAUCCAAGACGAACCCUUCACCGUUGCAAUUCCAGGAAGAGCCCAUACUGAGGCGGGGAAUGGAUAUACCUGAUCAAACAGCAACGACAGACGUUGCGUAUGUGGAUGAGACUUCCCCUUGGGGACUGCUGGGCUCUCAUGGAGGGUAUAUCUUGUCGCCCGGGGAGAUUAUGCAGUUGGCUGAGGGACUCAACAUGGAGGAUUUCAUGGUUACACCCGAGGAUGGUGUGGCUCUGGGGGAGCAUGGCCAGGUCGAGAUAAACAGGGAUACUGGACCGUGA